UUGCCGUCAAGUCGCCGCCUCGAUCGAAUUCGUUGAGCAAUCCGAAAAAAUACAAAUGAAUUACGAAAAGUUUAUAGUUAUGCAGAGAUUGACGAUUGUGAUUAUCAUCUAUUGAUAUUACUUUUUGAGAAAAGAAACACAAGAUGACUUUCAUUUGCCCUGAUUUUUUAGAGUUUCAGGACAUCCUGAAGAAAAUGAGGGUCCUAGACGACAAAAUUGUUUAUGCAUUGAAUACUUCUAUCCCCACUGAAUCGUUUAAAGCAAAAGUAGAUGCUUCUUCUGCUUGUCAAGAUUUAUAUGAACAAAUUCAAAAAGGACAUACUGAAAGGGAAAAUGUUAUUAAAAAUUGUAUUGUUGUCACUGCUGAAACUGUAAAAAAUCUUAAGAUUGCCAAGGAACAGCAACCUGAUAGUUUAGACAUCCUAAAAAAAUUAAAAUUUGAACAAAGAAAGUUACGCCUGCUGCGAACAGAGUUAAGUGUGGAAGAGGUUAUUAAGGAAAAGACUGGAAAAUUGUUUACAGAAAAAUGUAGAACUUACUAUAAACCCAAUGAGUUAUGAAGACUGUUGUUUUACAAAUAAAUUUUGUAUAGUCUAUAGUUAAA